AUGAAAUUCCCGACCGUCGACGAGUUUAAAGCUGAAGCAAAUCUCCGCAACAACGCCAGAAACGAAGCUGUCAAAGAAGUAUCAGCUGCUGGACUCACCACAUCUCAACGAAAAGACAUCUGGCAAGACAAGAAAGCCGCUCUCAAAGAAGACGUUAAAGCCCUCCGCGAAUCCAACAUGGCGAAAUCCAAAACUCCUACUCAAGGUACCCCAAUCAAGAAAGCUCUCAUCGCCUCAUAUGGAGACGAGUCGCACGUGACCAUCGUCGACGAUGUCCUUCCACCACCAGCAAAAGAAGAAGUUCAAGUCAAAGUUCUCUACUCCGGAUUUUCUGGUUCAGAUAUCAACAUGCGUCUCGGCCAAUACCCAUUCCAGCGUCCUGCACCAUUAACACCAGGAUACUGCUGUGUCGGACCAGUCAUCGCUCUCGGACCAGGUGCUCAGAAAUUCAAGAUCGGAGACAUGGUCUGCUGUCUUUCCGUUUACGAUACCCAAGCAACCCUCGCCAACCUUCCAGAAAAAUACACCGUCAUCGUCCCAGAAGGCAUCGAUAUCAAAGCUGCCUGUGCUCUCAUCCUCGACUGGAAUACUGCCCACGGUAUGGUUUACGACACCGCACACGUCAAGGCCGGUCAAAAGGUCUUCGUCCACGGCAUGUCUGGCGCUGUCGGCUGGGCUAUUUCCGUUCUCUCUGCUCACGAAGGUGCUGAAGUCUAUGGUACCGCCGGUCCAAGAAACCACGAUGCUGUUCGCCAAGGUCUUCCAGGCGCUACUCCAUUCGACUACUCCAACAAAGACUGGAUCGCCGCCAUGAAGAAGAUCGGAGGUGUCAAUGCCGUUUUCGACCCCAUCGGAUUCGAGUCUUGGGACGAAUCGUACAGCAUCCUCGCUCCUAAAAAUUCCAUGCUCGUUGGAUACGGCGGUAACAUGUCAAACUUCACCGGUGAAAAGCCAAGAUCUAUGAUUCCUCCCGUCUCCAAGCUAUAUGCUCGUAACUACCUGAAGGUCUGGGAAGGUCGCGCCACACGAUUCUACUACAUCACGCGUGACGACAAGACUUUCUUCCCAGCGCUAGAACACAUGUUUGAGCUGGCCAAGUCAGGCAAGAUUACGGUUCCUAUCAAGGCGAUCUAUGGCAUGAAGGAUGAUGAGGAGAUUCAGAAUGCGCAUCGCAGCUGGGGCAAGGGAAGUGGUGUUGGAAGUCUGCUGAUCAAGGUCAAUGAUGAGUAA